GCAGAAGGACAUAACGCUAUCUAGAAUACCUAGAAGAUUCACAAUGUGUGUCUCCCCUCAGCCCUAAGACACUUUGAGCUCAACGGACAGUGGACCGACGGGAAAGGCGAUGUUCCCCUCGCAUGCGGGGCUCCGCAUGCAGCUGAUGAGGGAGCAUCUUGAGACGCGGGAGUGGAGGGGCAGGGAGAAGCAGGGACAGACCUGCGCACGCUACUCCACACCGCAGCUGCCCUACCCGCCACACCCCUUCACCAGCUCCUUCCAUGAGGAACCACAGACUGCCAGACACACACCAAACAAUAUCUACAGGGUCCAGACUCACUUGGAAAACUCACCUGAGUACCACAUACAACAAGCCCAGAGACAGAAGCAGUACCUAACGCUAGGUACAAAGCUAGCCAAUCAGGGACACUCAGUCUCUCACCCCCAUCCAGCACAGUCGCUGGGUACAGGGCCGGUUAUGAGGAAUGGACAUCUGCCAUCUGUAAACGACAACAGUACCCAAGACAGUCCAGUGACACUACUGACACUUGCGGCCAACCGUGACAAUGAGUUCCAAAUGGACGAAGUUAUUGACGACUUAAUGAGCCUUGAAUCUGGUUUCAAUGAUGAUGGUUUGGGGUGUAUGGAGCCAAAUGUUAUAAUGCCGAACACUCUGCCACUGACCAGCAGUAUUUUGGAUGUGUACGCCGAUGACCAAGGUAUGACAGCUACUAAUUAUGGACUGACGUCUGGUUCAUGUCCCACAAACCUCAUUGAAAAAAGGGAAGCCACAGAAUUUGACACACGUACUCUAGCCAAAGAACGACAGAAAAAAGACAACCACAAUUUAAUUGAAAGAAGACGAAGAUACAAUAUCAAUUACAGAAUCAAGGAACUUGGCACACUAAUUCCAAAGUCAAAUGACCCUGAUAUGCGAUGGAACAAAGGAACGAUUCUAAAAGCAUCGGUGGAGUACAUUAAAUGGCUCCAGAAAGAGCAGCAGCGAGUGAGAGAGCUUGAGAACAGGCAAAAGAAACUGGAACACGUCAACAGAAGGCUUCUUCUGCAAAUUCAGGAGCUGGAAAUGCAGGCCCGUGCACAUGGACUCCCUAUCAUGGCCUCUUCAUUAGGGACUGUGGACCUCGCCUCCCAUCUCAUGAAGCAGCAGCAACAGCAGCAGCCUUACCAGGAGGACAUGAACGGAGAGUACAUGCAGCAGGCGGCAAUGUCUCAGAUAUCAGGCACUGACCUCAAACAUGGCUCAACGACCUUCUCCGAUCCACUGUCACACUUCACAGACUUCUCCUUCAGUGCCACACUAAAAGAAGAGCACCGGCUGGACGAGAUUCUGAUGGAUGACAACUUGUCUCCAUUUGGGACUGAUCCUCUCUUGUCUGCCACUUCGCCCGUCGCGUCCAAAGGGAGCAGCAGGAGGUGCAGCUUUAGCACAGAUGACGGGGAUGACUUAUGAUAGCUGAGCAGUGCAGCUUUUUACUGCCGUUUACAUUUCUUCACAAAUCUGCCAGUUGCCAGACUCUAUCCUGGCCCGUUUUGGGGCUGUCCUGCCGAGCACCAGUCCCAUCAUUUCCUUUUGAUCAAGAAUGUAUUCAAACAGGUCAAGGAGACUAAUUUCAGCACUGAUGACUUGGACAGUAGCAAACUUCAGCAUAUCUAGUAUAUAAAUAUAGUAAAGGGAGACAUCAGCUGUAAGGAUUCAGGAAACUUUGGCACAAAGUUCUGGGAGCGCAUACUGUUACCACACUGCCCGAUAAUGUUAAGCAAGGUGGCUGUAAUUAUUACAUUUGUUUAAGAAAAAUGAAGGUUAUUAACUGUCAGAUUGAUGCGUACACAUAUUUUAGCAACAGUCAAGAAGAGAUUUUCUCUGAUAGCGCCACUAAAACUUAGAGGCCUUAGAGAAUUUGUAUUUAUUUAUUUCUUAGCCGACACCCUUAUCCAGGGCGACUUACAAUUGUUACAAGAUAUCACAUUAUUUUUACAAACAAUUACCCAUUUAUACAGUUGGGCUUUUACUGGAGCAACCCUCUGGUCAAGAGUCCAGAGCCCUAACCACUACACCACACUGCUGCCCAUAUGUGUUUUGUCUUUU